CCAUUACGCUGCUAGCGCGGACCACUUCCUAAUAUUCCUUAGCAUCCGUACAGAGUAAUUAUUUACCAACUAAUUACUCUUAGUAGAAUUGACACGCAGGAUGAUUAUUCUUGUGAUGCAUCUAGUUCUUUUGUCCGGCCGCGUGACUGCGUGCGCAUGCUCUCAUAUGCCGCCAUUCCGCUGCCAUUCUGCCGCUAUCCUCGCGCUUGAGCAUCCUGCCAUUGACCCCGUCUAUGAUAUCUCCAGUGCAGCAGAGGCAAAGAUGAUGCUAUAAAUGGUAGGUGGCAGACCCGCCACCGUCCAGGCUGAGCCUCGGCUGUGAGUGGCCAGCUGCGCCGCUAAGGCCCACUGUCUCGUCGCUGCCACCAAUCAGCAAGGAGAGCCCAACACCGAGCAUUGCCUAGUUACCAAGUUACAUGGUAUUACUAGUACGCGUACCAUUAAUAACCAUAUCAAUCUGGAGCAUUCUCGGUUUAGAACUUCUCCUUCCGGAAGACUGGCUAUGGCCAUGUCUUAAAUUCCUGUGUUGUGGUGACGAGUCAUCUGAGAUCCAUAAGGCGGAUACCGACAGGGCGGUUCCUUAUCGAAGAAUGUCAGCAUGCCCGGAAGUUUUGGCACGAAAGGGUUAUCUGUCAGCAGCACCUAGGCGGUCCCGGAUUCCAGAUUCAGCAGGCCCAGUAUGUCCAGAUCAUAAUAUUAGUUUAAUAUUAUACCUAUGAAUAAGAGGCAUAUAGACUCUCGGGAUUGGUAUCGGCAUACCGGCACUACCGAGAGAGCACGCCAAUCAACAACGGCAACAGACCCAUGCAAACUUGUGCACCACACCGACUCUAUGAAUGUCUUC